AUUUUCAUGUCCUCUUGUUAAAGCAUCCGAUGCAAAAACUUCACAACACUCUCUCUCUUACUCUUAUCGUAUAAACUCAGAAGACUUUCUUUAUCUCUCUCUCUCUCACAUCAAACACCAGUCACCACUUCACUUCAUCUGAUCUCUCUCUAUUUCUCUUCUCUCAUCUCAGAAUCAUAGAAAUAAUGUUUUGAGCUUCAUAUACGGUUAAACCGUACACGAUCGAUCAAUACCCACAAAUAUGUCAAAUUCCAGCUCAUCUUUCACAAAAGAAGAUGAAAAUAAGGCCGAAUCCGAUGUUUCAUCAAGACCCACAUCAGAAUUCCACGGUGGGCCCAACAAAACCGCUUCAAAUGAUCAUCCUGAACAAGUGAGAGAAAUCGACGAUGAAAGAAAACCUGAUCAGACAACAAGUACUGCUUCGUCAGAGAAUCCUAAUACAAACCCAUGUUUGGAUUUAUUGAAAACAAGUAACCAAGGACUUGACAUAAUUAAUUUUGAUACUGGUAAUUUCACUACUCCGACAUCUUCCGAUCACAAAAUUCCUUCGCCAAAGCAUUGCCCACCGGCACCGAGAAAGCCAUGGUCGAUUCAACCGCCGCCGGCACACCUUCGGAAGAGAAAAGGAUCGCCGUCGUCAGAUAUUCCGUUCAGGGAUCUCGAUUUAUUCUUCAUUGAUCAGAAACUUCAAGAAGAAUCGGCUAAUUCUCAUAAGGUUAAGAAACCUCGAACUCAUGAUGAUAAUAAAGAUUAACUAUUAUUCUCUUUCUCACCUCAUUUCAAUUUCACAUGACUUAAUUAUCAUGUAUAUUUAUUUAUAGAGAGAUAGAUCGAGUAAUUGGUAAUAUGGUAAUGGUAGAUAUUAUAUAUAUAUAGCUUUGUUUGUGGUCA